CCGUCCGGGGUCGCGCGGGGCGGGGGAGCCGGGGAAUCCCGCGCGGCCGAGCAGGAUGCUUCAGCUCCCUCCCGCCGCCUCGCUUCGGAGCCUUUCGUACUAGAGCCCGUGCGGCAGAGUCAGGGAUGUAAAGCCAGUGUGGGGGGGAGCAGACGCCCGCAGCUCCAGCCCGCCGGGGAGACCCUCCUCCUGCUGGAGGGGAGGGGGAUUUCCAGCGACACAUCAUUGGCGAAGGGGAUCGGCGCGGGGAGCGCAGCCCCGGAGGGAGCGGGGGAAUCCCACAGCCCGUGCUGGUGCCCGCGCCCGGGGUCGGUGGGAGCUCGUUGUGCCCAUGGAGCUGCCCACUGCAGAGGGACAUUGUUGCAGCUGACCUUCCCACGGUUGGUGCUUUGCCCAGUUCAAACAUGGCAGAAAAGGCUCCUCCAGGCUUAAAUCGGAAGACUUCAAGGUCGACGCUUUCUCUUCCACCGGAACCCGUAGACAUUAUCCGGAGCAAGACGUGCUCGCGCAGAGUCAAAAUCAACGUGGGGGGCCUCAACCACGAAGUGCUGUGGCGGACCUUGGACCGGCUGCCCAGGACGCGCCUGGGGAAGCUGCGGGACUGCAACACGCACGAGAGCCUCCUAGAGGUGUGCGAUGACUACAACCUGAGCGAGAACGAGUAUUUCUUCGAUCGGCACCCGGGCGCCUUCACGUCCAUCCUGAACUUCUACCGCACGGGGAAACUGCACAUGAUGGAAGAGAUGUGCGCCCUCUCCUUCGGCCAGGAGCUUGACUACUGGGGGAUUGAUGAGAUCUAUCUGGAGUCGUGCUGCCAGGCCAGGUAUCAUCAGAAGAAGGAGCAGAUGAACGAAGAACUGCGGCGAGAGGCGGAAACGAUGCGCGAGCGCGAGGGUGAAGAGUUCGACAAUACCUGCUGCCCCGACAAGAGGAAGAAGCUCUGGGACUUGCUGGAGAAACCCAACUCUUCGGUGGCUGCCAAGAUCUUAGCCAUCGUGUCUAUCCUGUUCAUCGUACUUUCCACCAUUGCGCUCUCUCUCAACACUCUCCCGGAGCUGCAGGAGAUAGAUGAGUUCGGACAACCCAAUGACAACCCCCAGUUAGCACACGUGGAGGCUGUGUGUAUUGCUUGGUUUACCAUGGAGUACCUCUUACGCUUCCUAUCCUCACCAAACAAAUGGAAGUUCUUUAAAGGCCCGUUAAAUGUCAUUGACCUGCUGGCCAUCCUGCCAUACUACGUCACCAUUUUUCUCACGGAGUCCAACAAGAGUGUGCUGCAGUUCCAAAACGUGAGGCGCGUGGUGCAAAUAUUCCGAAUCAUGCGUAUCCUCAGGAUCCUGAAACUCGCCAGACAUUCCACCGGCCUGCAGUCUUUGGGUUUCACCCUCAGACGGAGUUACAACGAGCUCGGCUUGUUAAUAUUAUUCUUGGCCAUGGGGAUAAUGAUAUUUUCCAGCCUGGUCUUCUUCGCGGAGAAGGAUGAAGAUGCUACCAAGUUCACCAGUAUCCCGGCAUCCUUCUGGUGGGCGACCAUCACCAUGACCACUGUCGGUUAUGGUGACAUUUACCCCAAAACAUUACUGGGCAAAAUUGUGGGUGGCCUCUGCUGUAUCGCCGGGGUGCUGGUGAUUGCCCUCCCCAUCCCAAUCAUCGUGAACAAUUUUUCUGAAUUUUACAAAGAGCAGAAACGCCAGGAGAAGGCAAUCAAGAGGAGGGAGGCCCUGGAGCGGGCCAAGAGGAAUGGAAGCAUCGUCUCCAUGAACUUAAAAGACGCCUUCGCGCGCAGCAUGGAACUGAUCGACGUGGCCGUGGAGAAGACGGGAGAGUCUGCCAACACGAAGGACUCGGCCGACGACAACCACCUCUCCCCCAGCAGGUGGAAGUGGGCCCGGAAGGCCCUUUCGGAAACGAGCUCCAACAAGUCGUAUGAGAAUAAGUACCAGGAGGUCAGCCAAAAGGACUCCCACGAACAGCUGAACAACACGUCCUCGUCCAGCCCGCAGCACCUGAGCGCCCAGAAGCUGGAGAUGCUCUACAACGAAAUCACCAAGACGCAGCCGCAUGCUCAUCCCAACCCGGACUGCCCAGAGCAGCCCGAGAGGCCCUCUGCGUACGAGGAGGAGAUCGAGAUGGAAGAAGUGGUGUGCACGCACGACCAGCUGGCCGUGGCGCACACCGACAUCAUCGUGGACAUGAAGAGCACGUCCAGCAUCGACAGCUUCACCAGCUGCGCCACCGACUUCACUGAGACCGAGCGGUCGCCGCUGCCGCCGCCCUCGGCUUCCUCCCACCUGCAGAUGAGGUUCCCACCCGACCUCACGGGCACGGACGAGCACCAAAGAGCCCGGGUGCCCCCAUUUCUCACUCGAACCCGAGAGAAAGGACCUGCGUCCGGAGAGGCGCCCAUCGACAUAACUGUGAACCUGGAGGCCGGUGGCUCCCCAAGUGGCCCUCAGGGCCCCGGGCACGCGGACGGUGCUUCGGACAGCCCCAAGAGCUCGCUGAAAGGCAGCAACCCCCUCAAGUCCAGGUCACUCAAAGUGAAUUUUAAGGAAAACAGAGGCGGCGGUGCCCCCCAGACUCCCCCCAGCACAGCCAGGCCACUGCCGGUCACCACGGCUGACUUUUCUCUUACCGCCCCGCAGCUCAUCAGCACCAUCCUCUUAGAAGAAAACCCAGCCCAGGGAGAGAGGCCGCAGCUGGCCACCGAGGGGUCCGCACAUUGCCAAGGCCCUUCCAAAGGCCUGAGCGUUCGGUUUCCCAAGCAGAAACUCUUCCCUUUCUCAUCCCGAGAGAGGAGAAGCUUCACUGAGAUAGACACUGGAGAAGAAGAUGACUUCCUGGAGCUUCAGGGGACCAGUGAGGACAAGCAGGCGGACUCCAGCCCAAACUGCUUUGCAGACCAGCCUAGUGACGCCAGAGACCCUUUAAGAGAAGAGGCAUGUGCAGGCUCUUCCCCACCCCAGGACCCCAGUCACAACUGUAGGCAAGACAUUUACCAUGCCGUAGCUGAAGGGGAAAAGGACAGUGGUCAAGAAGGGUGCAAGAUGGAAAACCACUUGUUUGCCCCAGAAAUUCAUUCCAAUCCAGGAGACACAGCUUAUUGUCCCACACGUGAAACCAGCAUGUGACUAGUUCCAAAAGCAAUAAACACACACAUA